GAGUAGUUCUCUCGGGUCCGUUCCGCGGACUUCUGGGAGUUGUAGUUUCUGGCCUGUAGGCAGGACGAAAGGAGCGGGGGAGGCCCCUUACGCAAACUACAAUUCCCGGCGGGGAGCGCGGCGAAGGGGGGUGGGAUCUGAACAUGGCGGCGGUGGUAGCUGCUACGGCGCUGAAGGGCCGGGGGGCGAGAAAUGCCCGCGUCCUCCGGGGGAUUCUCUCAGGAGCUGCCGCUAACAAGGCUUCCCACAACCGGACCCGGGCACUGCAAAGCCACAGCUCCCCAGAGUGCAAGGAGGAACCUGAGCCCCUAUCCCCUGAGCUGGAAUACAUUCCCAGAAAGAGAGGCAAGAACCCCAUGAAAGCAGUGGGACUAGCCUGGGCCAUCGGCUUCCCCUGUGGUAUCCUCCUCUUCAUCCUCACCAAGCGGGAAGUGGACAAGGACCGUUUGAAGCAGAUGAAGGCUCGGCAGAACAUGCGGGCGUCCAACACGGGCGAGUAUGAGAGCCAGAGGUUCAGGGUAUCCUCCCAACAUGCCCAGUCCCCUGAAGCUGGGCCCGGGGUGCAGGCCUGAGGAGUGCUGCAACCCUCUGCUAGACUGUAUCUAGACUGUAUCAUUGACUGUGAAGUCCUCCGGUUUGGCCGGGAUUCUAGCCCUUACCUCUGAGGUCCACCAGAGGGCGCGCGAAGCCCAGGCUGCUGCCAGCCCCCGCCCAUCCCACACCAAGGAGCCAGCCAAAGGCAAAUAAAGUUAUUGAGUGUUGGAGUGAAAAGGAA